AAAAAGAAUAAGAGAGAGAGAGAGAGAGAGAGAGAGAGAGAGAGAGUAAAAGUGAGAAAAAGAUAAUUUUCAAAAGAUCUCACUCUGAGGGAGAGCAAGUUCGACGACUCUCGUUGUUCAUCUUCUAUCCUUUUUUAACGAAGCCGUCACAAACGAUAUGAUGAAGGAGACAUUGGUGAAACAGGACAUAAAGAUAGAGUGGGAAGGGCAUCAUUCAGGCGAGAAUUCCCCUCAAUUACACGUCACGGAAGAACCCUCUGAUAGUCCGCAAAGUGUUAUCACUUCGAAGAGACACGUCAGAACGAUCACUACGGCCGGACAUAUCACGGAAAGUAUAACCGAGAUCGAACCUGAAUCCUCGGACUCGAAUGCUGUCUCGAGUAAUCUUCAACAAGCCAUGCACCAACAUCAGCAUCAACACUCGGAUCAAGAUCAGAAUGUAUAUCAAGAAGAACAACAACAGCAACAGCAAACUCAACAACAGGGCCAACAACAAUAUGUGCAGAUUUCUCAUGCUAAUAGUACAGAGGAACAGCAGAGAGAUGAUAACGAUCAGCAACAUGUUGUCUAUACUACUAGAAACGGUCAGAAUGGUGGCGUUGAAGUCUCUGAUGGUGUUGAUUCAACGAUCACUCUUACCGUCAAAGAAUCACCUAGAUACGAGACAACCGGAGCAACUACUGAGAGGAACGAAGUGGGCCGUAUCUAUGCGUACACUAGCGACGAUCAGGAAUUAAGGAGGGAGAAUCAUAUGAUCACGAUGCAAGUUCAAGACAAUGCUCGUCGUGGUCAACAAACAACGACGCAUCACAGGUUCAGUCCUCAUGAGAGCAAUCAUAGUACCAGCAAUACAGCCAAUAGUACACCCAGGUAUCAAACCUCACCAGUUCUUCCUAACACGGAGGAUUACGAAACGUCAGGGAUCGUUAGCCAAUCUGGAGGCAAUGUACAACUGAGUUCACCCGCACCCAAUUAUUCUCCGCCAAUCGAUGGAAUACGAACGAAUCAACAUCAACAGCAAUUGGUCGCCGCUGGUUAUUCCGACGCAGCUGUCGCUGCGACGAUCAAAUACGAUACCGAAGUAGCCGUUGCCACGGAAAAUAUCAAAGUUUCGAGUACCUACACAACCCUCGAGACCGUCGCCAUACCACCCUCGCAGACGGUUCAAUAUACUCAAUAUAUAUCGGGUAGUGAAACUUUUCAACAAGCGCCAACGUAUACAUAUCCAAAGCCUGAACUUUUUAUCACUUAUCCACCUGCUAGUCAGCCUGGAUCCCGAGGUGCCGAAGUCGAGUCUCCUAACAGUGCCUACAUCAAAGGUGACCCAACGUUAGCUUCGUCUUUAGGUACGACACGUGCAGUCUCUCUUCAUUACGAACAACCAGGUUCACCGGGAUCUCAAGUGACUCUUUAUGGACCCAGUACAGCUACUUCUUAUCAGUACAUUAAACCAAGCAAUGAUCCUUAUUGGCCUGCUAGUGGUACACCAUCACCUCCAACGUCUCUCGAAUACGUUCAAACUUAUCCCAGCGUGACAACGAUAGUUAGCGACGCUGCAAAUAUGCAACUCUAUUCGGGCGGUGGUUAUAGUGUCGCAACAGCUGCUGGAAAUGGUUUAUCUGGUCCUUGGCAAACUCUUCCUAGCGCCGAAGAAACCUUCGACGGUACCGUGAUAGCAAGCGAACCAAAGGACUGCUUAAACUGUGCCAAUACCAUGACACCUCUGUGGAGACGCGAUGGUACUGGACAUUAUCUUUGCAACGUGUGUGGUAUUAUCAGCAAGAUGAAUGGCACCAGCAGACCACCGAUAAGAUGCAGCAAACCAAAACAGUCGGUCGCGCCGGUAAACAUUGCUGGUGUACGAAGGACAGGAGUGCAAUGUGCGAACUGUAGAACGAGUAACACGACUUUAUGGCGACGAAACAAUAACGGCGAACCAGUUUGUAAUGCCUGUGGUCUUUACUUCAAACUGCACAACGUUAACAGGCCAUUGAGCAUGAAAAAGGAAGGAAUACAAACGCGAAAGAGAAAGCCAAAGAAUAAUUCAGGUGUAAGCGGGAAUCUUCCUGGACCGAGCGGUAUCUCCAAGACCGAGAUUAAGUCCAGCUUACUCGUGGACUCGUUGCAGUUGAACAUGUUUGCAAGCGGGGGUGGGGGUGAUGGGGUAGAAGAGCAUUGUCUUCCUGUAGGUACACCAACAACGGCACAAUUAGGGCACGCACAUUCGCCCCUCACAUUACCUACUGUCGCCGUAUUGAAUCGUCAAACUACCCUUACCGUGCCUCCACUAGAACCAAUCACUAGUCAACCCAGCGGUGACCUGGUCUCGGUUAUAACUUCAACGACGACAGUACAUGCUGAGAGAUCGUAGAAUUGUUCCUUUCUUUCUCACACUUUUCUAUAAGAUUAAUAAGAGAAGAAAAUAAAACAUAUGUAUGUAUAUAGGGUACGUACGAGAUGGUCUUGUCGGAACUUCUUCGUUGGCGCCUUUCUGACAAUGAUAAAGAUAGGCUCGAAAAUGAGAAAGAAAGAACUUUCUUGUUUAGAGAACUGUUACUCUCGUAACAGGAAAAUGAAAAAACAAAACAAAACAAAACAAAGCAAACAAAAAAAAAAAAAAAGAAAAAAAAAAGAAAAAGAAAAGAAUAUGCAAAAAGAAUAAUAAAGGAAUAUUUUAUAGGGAAAACGGAGAAUCGCCCGUGCUCCGUUUAAUUUCAAUGUUAGUACUAUGAAUAGAGAUAUUGACAUUGAUACCAAAUUCAAUCCAACAGCGAUAUUGGAAUAUAUAAAAAUAUAUAAAUCUAGCAAAGUAAAUAAAAGUAAUUUAUGAUGUUUCUAAUUAUUAACAUCAAAUUUAUUUCUAUCGAUGAUACGAGUUAAGAAUGUGGUUAAACAAUAUUUAUAAGUAUCGACGUCAACAUUUCUUCGUUCGAUGAUCAGCAUAAAAUGUUAAGCUCACAGUAUGUAUGUAAGUACUUUGCUAUGUGUGUACGUAUGUAUGUACAAUUCUCUAAAAAUUCUUAUAUUCUCGUGAUUGUCUAUAACGUGAUUUUGUCCCAAGAGAUAUGCAACUUUCAAAGAGCAUGUCUUUAUCGUUUUCUAUUUUUCUCCUUUUAUCUUCUUCUUUUCUUUUCAUUUUUUCUUUUUUUUUUCUUUUGUUUUUUUUUUUUUUAACAUCUAACUUAAGAUCAAAAUUGAUACGUUGUAAAAGCGUUUCCUUUUGGGCUUUUCUUUUUGUUUAGAAAUAUCAUAUAUCAUUAGGAAGUUCCAGAUUAAGAAAGAUGAGAAAUAAGAAAGAAAGAAAAGAAAAGAAAAGAAAAGAAAAGAAAAGAAAUUAUAUAGAAACGAAAGUUCGGAUUUUACGAUAAAUUUUCAAUAUAUUUUAUCACGAAUCGACGUUAUUAACUCGUGUAUUUUUAUAAGUGGGCCUCUAUUGUAAAUAGAAUUCUACAUUACGGCGUCCAAAGAUACGCAAGGCAUCCUUUAAAUUUUAUCCAAAGAGUAAUAUAUAAUAUAUUCGUGUACUACUAAUCUGUAAGAACGUGACCGUAAAGAGGUACAAGAAAUUACGAAUAAAUUUAUUUCAAAUAUCGA